GGUGAUGAAGCAUCUUAUAUACAGUCACCAGGUAAGCGGGCACAUGCCUGAUGUUUAUUCAUUAAGAUACAGGUAGAUACGCCUUUGUAAACCAGUCUUGGGGAUAAAAAUAGAAGUUUCAAAGCAUGUCUACAGCAGGGCGGUGAGAUAUAUACUGGGGCAUUCAUAACUGAAAGUGAAGAUGUUGCUGUGGAUACAAACCGCGUGUGUGAUUCUAAGCAUCUUAAUCAUAUCAGUGUGUGGCCAGGAGGUCCCUCGGUUCAUCAAUGAUAUGAAUUCCGCUAGGAUAAGUGAGGACACUGCAGUGGGCAGCGUUGUGUACACAUUGAAAGCUGAAGGAGGAGGCACUGGCCCUCUCACAUACGGUAUGGUGCAAACUGACAAAUUCAUAGUGGACCGAGCAUCGGGAGAGGUCAAACUUAGGAGAUUACUAGAUUACGAGACAAAUCCCUCUCUACUAGUAACAGUGUUUGCUAUUGGAAGUGAUGGAGCAACGGCUGAAAGGGAUUCCAGAGUCAUUAUCAUUGAUGCUAAUGAUGAACCUCCAGUGUUUUCAUCAGAUACAUUAAAAACUGAAGUGUCGGAGGAUGCAGUUCUUGGUACAACAGUGUAUAGUAACUUGAGAGUUACUGACAUCGAUGUGUCCAAUACUGGGUUAAUUUCCCUGACAUGCAACACAGCCAAAGCUGCCGCUAGUCCUUAUACUGAAGUUUGUGACAAGUUUAAGCUGAAUAGGCUUUCAGUAUCAAACAAGGAUUGGACAGGCAACAUAUAUUUAGAUGGAACUUUGGAUUACGAAACGAGACCAUUUUAUCAGAUGCCUUUAACAGCAUUUGAUGGUAUACAUACCACAGACAGAAGUUUAGAAAUAACUGUGCUGAACGUCCAAGAUGCCCCGCCCAGAUUUGUAAAGGCUAAUGACAUCAACAAACCAGAAGGACUGCCAGUGAAUACUAUUUUGGACUAUGUUAAAGCCGAGGAUGGAGACACAAGCAACCCAAGGCAGAUUCGAUACGAGUUUACAAGUACCACUGGAACCAAGUUCUCUAUCAAUGCCAUAACCGGAAAUAUUAGCAACAACAUUCCUCUAGAUCGAGAAGAUCCAGCAUUUGCCAAAGGUUAUGAGGAUGUGGGCAUUAUUGCACGAGAAGUUAUCAAUUUGAACCCACUAGAGCUGGGAAAUGACCCACAGACUACGGCCAGAACGUCCAUUCGCAUCACUAUCUUUGAUAUCAAUGAUCAGGCACCAACCUUUGACCCUGUCAACUACCAAGUUACCAUUCCAGAGGACACCCCAAAUAGAACUCCCCUACCUAACCUCAGUCUCAGUGUUACUGAUUUAGAUGUUGGACCAAAUGGCAGAUACACGUUGACCCUGGACCAGUAUACAGCGGAGUUUGAGGUGUCCCCUAUUGAAGGUCAAGGAGCUACACCGGCCAUCAUUCUGGUCAAGAACACCUCCCUGAUAGACUAUGAAAGGGGACCCAGACAGUAUAUCAUGAGGGUGGUUGCAAGAGAAACCCAGAGUGACACAGCUAAGCAAUCAGGAACAGCUACAGUGACAGUGAAUAUUAAGGAUGUUAAUGACAAUCUUCCGCAGUUCUCUCAGCCCAGCUAUAGUGAGAGCAUACUAGAAACAGCCCCAGGAGGAACUAGUGUUACCAAGAUACAGGCAACAGACCCUGACUCUGGAAUUCUGGGAACUAUUGGCAUUCGCUAUGGUUUGAUUGGUGAUGGCACAAAUCUGUUUCGUAUAGAUCCCACUACGGGAAAUGUUUUCGUGGAAAACUGCCCCACUCCAGGGGAUGGCAACUGCAUCGACUAUGAGAAAAAGCGAAGGUACGACCUGACAGUAACAGCACGAGAUGAGAACGGACUGGGACAGGCUGUAACCAUUAACCUCAUCAUCAAUAUCCUGGAUGUCAAUGAUAACGCCCCUGUAUUCACCACUCAAGAAUAUACCAGUUACAUCGAGGAGAGCAAGACAGAGCCAAAUCCUGUAGUGAUAGUAACCGCUAAUGAUGCCGACUCAAACAGUCAGGUCACAUACACUGUCGUGUCUGACCCGACACAGCUAUGGCAGAUCGAACGGACCACUGGAAAAGUCACAGCCAAACAGCCUAUAUUCUACAGUGACACACCAGCCAACCAAGGCUUCUUUAUCAUCACUGUGCAAGUCACUGAUGGGAAGUAUAGACCUACUGCAAAUGUGCGGAUCAAUGUCAUUGAUAUAAACGACAAUGUUCCAGUGUUUGAAUCGAGCAAUUACCGAGAAGUAAUCAGUGAGACUACCCUAGGGAACGUGUUUGUGUUGACGGUCAAAGCUAAGGAUAAGGAUUCGCCCACCACAGGGGCGGGGAUUAUCGAUUACAGCAUUGAAGUUGGAGCCAGCGGUAAAUUUGUCAUCAACGGAACCACAGGUGUCAUUACCACCUCACUAGAUGCCACGUUUGAUUACGAUUUGGUCCGCAUGUAUAAUAUGACUGUCAUGGCCAGGGACAGAGGUCGCCCACAACAGACAGGCACCUGCUUUGUGACUGUAGACAUAAUUGAUACUAAUAAUAAGGACCCUUAUUUCACCCCAUCCACACAGAGAGCAGAUGUCUAUGAAAAUGUUCCUUUGGGAUUCAGUGUCCACAAGAUGCGAGCCGCUGAUCCGGAUGACCAGUCUCAGCUGAACUUUUUCCUUGUUGAACCAAUAUCGGCUAUCACACCAGAUGGAGUGUUGGUGGAUAGAAACAUUUAUGAUAUAACUCAACUGUUUACUAUUGAUCAACAAACCGGGGAUGUGAAAACACAGAGUAAGCUGGACAGAGAUCGGUCCUCGGUAGUGACCCUCACUGUCAAUGUCGUGGACAUUACGGCCAGUCCACGACAAACAGGGACAGGAAAACUCAUCAUCAACAUCUUGGAAUACAACGACCAGCGACCAGAGUUCUUACCUUACACUAAUGUGACCAUUGAUGAAGAACAACCAAUCGGAACAUUUGUUAUGGCUUUACUGGCUACUGAUCAAGAUGAUCCAAUCUCUGAGUACCAGAUUACCCAAAAUCCGCACGGCUUCUUUGCCAUUGGUUACCAGACUGGGGUUGUGAGCAUCAGCAGUCGUAUAGAUUUUGAGUCGAUAGAGUCAUCACUCUUCACCGCUCAGGUGUGGGACAGUGGGACCCCGCGGCUAAACAAUACAGCUACUGUGUAUGUCACCAUCAGAAACAUCAACGAUAACUCACCAACAUUUAGUCAGGGUGCCUACACAGUGAGGAUACCGGAAAAUUCCCCGGGAGGUAGAUUUGUUACAAACGUCCAGGCAACAGAUAAAGAUAAGGGGGAUUAUGGAGUGGUUCGAUAUUCUCUGGAUCCACAGGAGACUCGCUUUACCAUUAACAAUGUCUCGGGUGAGAUAUUUGUAGCACCAGGGGCCAAACUAGAUCGUGAGGAAUUGAGUGACCUUGACAUUCAGGUCAUUGCCUCGGACAGCCCUCUUGAUGCUACUGUUCGCAGAUUUUCCACUGUUACGGUGUAUGUGACCUUAAAUGAUGAGAAUGAUAAUCCCCCAUUCUUUGGGCAGCCAGAAUACCUCCAGCAGAUCAUCGAGACCAUCCCCAUUUACACGCAUGUCCUCCAGGUGUUCGCAAAUGAUGCAGAUGCAGGAAACAAUGCACGAUUAGCUUUCACCAAGGUUCCCGGCUCCGGAGACGCAGACAAUUUCUUUGCAAUUGAGCCAUCAAAUGGAAGAAUUCGUGUGAAUAAAGGCUUACUGAGGAAUUCUGGGACAUACGUAUUUUAUGUAAUGGCACGUGAUGAGGGUGGUGUGGGACCAUUUAACAGCACAGCCAAAGUGACCAUCAUUGUCUUAGAAGCCACUAACUCACCGCCAGAAUGGACAAUUCCACCUGUUGACAACAUGACCAUCACUGUGUUGGAGGAGCAGUACCUUGGGAUGCUGGUGUAUGAUGUUCAAGCUGUUGAUGCAGAUCGUAAUGACAAUGGAAUCAUAGACUAUGGUUUCUAUGUCAAUGGUAUAUAUACCACAGUCACUAACGAAUUCCGUAUCAACUCCAUCACAGGCGUGAUCAGGGCUGAAAAGGUGUAUGACCGGGAAACUCGAGAUCGAUACUUGCUGCUCCUGGUGGCACGAGAUCGCGGAGAUCCUUACCUUGAAACUACACGAUAUCUAUCUGUCAGAAUUCUGGAUGUCAACGACAAUGAUCCCAAGUUCCCAACCAACUCUAAUGGUGAGACAAAGGAAAUACAGUUUGAAGACAUUGAUGAGAAUAAACCCGUAAAUUCUACCAUUGGACGACUGCUAGGAAGUAGUUUUGAGGCCAAAGACAUUGACGACGCCCAGUACGCUAAAGUUUAUUAUUACAUCAUCAGUGGAAAUGAGAAGGGCUAUUUCCGGUUGAUUCCUGAAACUGGAGAUUUAAUCCUGAUAAAGUCACUGGAUCGGGAGGAACAAAGUGUGUAUCUAUUGGACAUCCAAGCCACAAACAAUAUCAGUGAUUACACGGUCAUCCGGAACAGACGCAGACGGGCUCUGGAUCCAAGUAUAGCCACAUGGAGAAUCCAGAUAAAAAAUGCCAAUGAUGUUCGACCGGAUUUUACUCAAAAUCUGUAUUAUGGCUGUAUUUCUACACGUUCUUCCCUGGGUCAGAGCAUUAUGAAGGUAGAGGCUGUGGAUGCUGACUCAGUGGGCUCAGUGACCUACUCCAUACAACAGGGAAACACAGACAAUGCCAUCGGGAUUGAUUCCUUAACAGGCGUCCUGUAUAAUGCCAUUCUGAUGAAUAACUAUGGAGGCCAGACUCUGGACCUGAAGCUUAGAGCUACUGACCAAGGAACACUCUACCACAAUACCACAGCUCUGGUUUUUGUGACAGAACCAAGUCGAGAGGUGAAGUUAGUUCUAAGACAGCCAGCUACAGAAGUCAGACAAUUCUUUGAACAAAUUAAAACGUCUCUCCAAAAGUUAACCCAGAAUAACAAUGUGAUAUUUGACUUCGUAUGUGCCACCAGAGUUGUUGACCACGCACUGGACGAUGGGCAGACGACUUCCCUGUGGUCUGAUGUGUACAUCUCGGCUGUGCGUCGUAACUAUGGAGGUGCUUCAUACUACAUUUACCCCAGUCAAGAGCUGCUGAAUCUGCUCAAUCAACAAAGAACCUCAAACAGUGAUCAGUUUGAUUUGUUAUAUAUCCAAAGUAUGGAGCGGGGUGACGUUGAGAAAGAUUAUCUGGAUCGAACCCCGACCCUGGUGGUGAUGAUCCUCGUCAUUGUCCUCAUCAUCCUCGCCCUCGUCUUCCUCCUGUUGGCCUGUUGCUGUAUCCGAAGCAGGAACAAGCAGAAGGAGGAGAGACUGCAUUACAAAAGGAGUUACAGAGGAAUGCCAUAUGAUGCAUCAUUCCAACAAGUAGAACAGUUUGGAGCGUAUGAUAAUCGAGGGUAUGAGCGUACAGAACCUGUCCAUCGAGAGCCUAUGUAUGCCAAGGUCACUAAAUCUCCCAUGGAAAGAGCUCCUGAGCCCCUACCCCAGCAGGUGGAGGAAAUCAAUGUUGAAAUUAGGGACGAUAGUCCAGAAUCCAGCCCCCCAGACAGUCCCAAGAUCGAGACUCCACGUCUGUCUGAUCCAGCAGAAGAGGAUUAUAGGAUAGAGGCAGAGGUUAUGUAACUUAGCAAUAAAUAAACAGUUGUUACCUAGCAACUGUGAAAAACCAGUGUAUGUGAUGGACAAUUACAUUGGGUAUUUCCCAACACUUGCCACGUGUAGAAUUAAGUGCAUCUGCUGAAUAUCUCAGAAGCAACACAUUUAAUUUUAUUUCAUAUUUUGAGUUUUGAGAUUUUUUAGGUUGUGAUACUCUUUGUAUGAAUAAAAAAUUAGUACUAUGUGUGCAACAUCCAAAUUUCUUUCACAGUUUAUGCAUACAUUGUCUCGAUAGUACAUCUGGGCUUUAGAAACAGUGACCUCAUGAUUGGGAAUAGAGUUUGUAAGGAGCAACAGCACCACCAAUGUUGUGAUUUUCCUUAUCUAAAGAAUUCUGCUAUGUAUAGUAUUAUUGCAAUACAGACCAUUCUGAUCAAUACAUUGUUUGCUGUGUUCACAUGUACUAAGGUUAUCAGUUUUCACACAAAGAAAUUGUGCAGCACAUAAGUUUGUCUGUAGUAACAAAACCAUGCAUGAUUCUGUUUUCUUCAAUUCUUUUCAAAUAUGUCUCUAAUAUUUAGUACAGAUGUUUUAUUCUUGGAGUAUAUAGUAUGAUGUAAGAAAGGAUAUUUAUAAGUUAUUGACAUGAUGCUCUUAAACUUUAGACUGUAGUUCAGUGCACUGGAGUUACAUGAUACUCAAAAACUUUACGCAUUCUGCUGCACGAUAUUCUGAUAUAUUGCUUUAAUUCUAAAGUAAGAAAUUUCUAAUUAUCGUUACUGAAUGUUUGUUAGGUGAGAAUAUCAGUGUUUCAUUGGGUACGUUUGAAUGACUAUUUUGAGGAACCUUUUUGUGCUGUUUUAUGUCUGAUGUAACCAUUUUUGAUACAAAUAUAUUUUUAUAUGAAAUAAUAAAGGUUGUUUAUGAUAUAUCAA